GCCGAAUUACCAACGUGGCUUUUAUCGUGAGGAAAUAUUUAACGCUUCGUUAGACUUCAGCCUUGAUUUCUCCGUUCUACUCUCCUAUGACAAUGGAUCCUCUUUUCCAGAAGGCUGCGGAAGUUAGUAAGCAACAUCCAAAACCUGACAUCAAGUUCAGUUAUGGAACUGCUGGGUUUCGUGCGCUAGCUGACAAUCUCGACUCUGUAAUGUUUCGCAUGGGCCUGCUCGCCGUUCUGCGUUCGAAGGCCAAAAAUGGACAAGUGAUCGGUGUGGUCGUCACUGCUUCUCAUAACCCUGUGCACGAUAAUGGCGUGAAACUUGUCGAUCCUUUUGGCGAGAUGCUACAGCCAUCUUGGGAGAGGCAUGCAUCGGAACUUGCUAAUGCUCAAGAUGUGGCUGAAGUCCUGAGAGGGGUAGUCACAGAACACAGUGUUGAUUGGAAUGUCCCAGCCAAGGUUUUCAUCGCACGAGACACCAGACCCAGUGGUAAACAGUUCGUACAGGCUCUGGUAGAAGGAGUUGAAGCUCUGGGUGGAUCGCAUCAGGAUUACGGUGUCUUGGCAACCCCUCAGUUGCAUUACAUGGUGAGAUGUGCCAAUACAGCUGGUGAAUAUGGCGAGGCCACAGAAGAGGGAUAUUACCAUAAGAUCUCCAAGGCUUUCCUUCACCUGCGUUCACUAUCAGGCAAAACUGAUGUACCAGUCAUUAAGCUGGAUGGUGCAAAUGGUGUAGGAGCUCUGAAAAUCAAAGAAAUGGCCCAGCACUUGAAUGGUACCCUCUCCAUUUGGGUGUGCAAUGAUGGAUCAACUGGAAAGCUCAAUGAGAAGUGUGGUGCUGAUUUUGUCAAGCUUCAUCAAUGUGCUCCUGAAGGAAUGGUGAUAACCCCAGGUGAUCGUUGCGUCACAUUCGACGGUGAUGCCGAUCGUGUCUUGUAUUUUUAUUUCAACAAAGAAAAUAAAUUUUGUUUGUUAGAUGGAGAUAGAAUUGCCACACUGAUGGUGGGUUACCUAAAAGACAAACUCGAUAAAACAGGCGUGUCUCUUGAAAGAGGUUUGGGAAUAGUCCAGACAGCUUAUGCCAAUGGUAGCUCAACAUCAUAUGCCGAGAGCACCCUUGGUGUUCCUGUGGCUUGUGCAAAGACAGGAGUGAAGCAUGUCCACCACAAAGCUGAAGAGUUUGAUAUUGGAGUCUACUUUGAAGCAAAUGGUCACGGAACUGUGCUGUUUACAAAGGAUGUUGUAGACAAGAUGAAGGCUAUUGUUCAAGACAGUGAUGCCAGCACUGAGAGGCACAAAGCUGCAGAAAAGUUUUUAAGCAUGGUAGAUCUUAUCAACCAAACAGUUGGAGACGCCAUGAGUGACAUGUUAGUGGUCGAAACCAUCCUUUAUGAGAAGGGAUGGAGCUUGGACGACUGGGGGGCAGCAUACACAGACCUCCCCAAUAGGCAACGUAAAGUUACUAUCAAGGAUCGCACUGUCAUUAAAACAACAGAUUCUGAAAGGAAGACUACAGCUCCUGAGGGGCUACAAGAAGAAAUCGACAAGCUUGUUGCAGGGUAUAAAAGUGCAAGGUCCUUUGUGCGACCCUCUGGUACUGAGGAUGUUGUCCGAGUGUACGCAGAGGCAGACACAAGAGAAGCAGUGGAUUCUUUAGCACGAGAAGUUUCUCAGAUAGUGUAUGAUUUAGCUGGUGGCAUUGGAGAGAGACCAUAAAGCAACUGAACAGUGGUUUGUUUAAUUUGACUAGCUGUGAGGGCAACUUUUUCUUCUUUUUUUCUCAGGUUUAACAAAAUCACUGUUAGUAAAGUUUGUAGGCAGCGGAGUUACAACUUUGGAAUGAAAUAAUAUUUUGGGGUUCACUGAAAAAUAAAUCAUUUUGCCGUAAAUUUCAUCAAAGCAAAGUUGUCAGAGGUUACAAUACUGAAAAAAAAAAAAUUAAAUUUGCUACCUGUACAAAACAGAUUUUUUUCAUUAACAGUCAAGACACAUGUAUAUUAGCAUUCACAAAUUAUCAAAUAAAU